UUCAAUCUUCACUUCAAUCAACGAACAUUGUUUUAAACAAAAUAAUUUAACAAUUUAAAAAUGUUUAAAUUCACCACAAUUGUAGUUUUGGCUUUGGCUAUUUGCGUAGCAGCCGAUCCUAUUCGUCAAAAGCCCUUGAGAAGACGAGUAUUAGCCCGCCAAGAAGUGCUCCCCACACCAGCACCAACUGGAUAUCCUGUAGCAGGUGUAACUCCCGAAAUUCCCUUUGAAUUACCCACCGAAACUGAACAUACCGAUUUUGUGACACAACAACCUGACGAAGUUUAUGGUCCACCAGAAUUUGAUGCCAAACAACCUGAUGAAGCUGAAGUACAAAAACCUGAUGAAGUUUAUGGCCCACCAGAAACUCAACAACCUGAUGAAGUUUACGGUCCACCAGAAGCUGAUGCCACUCCCGAAAUAAUUGAAGAAGUAGAAGAAGAAGCUGAUGAAGAAACCGAUGCCGAAGAAGUGGCUGAAGAUUUAGAUGAAGAAGUCGUUGUUGAUGAAAAUACAUUUGAAGCCCCAGCUCGCUUAGUCGCUCAACGUUUCCCACAAAGAAGACGCUUAGUUGCUGUGCCUGCACGUUUGACGAAAGCCAAAGUUGUCAAGCCAGUAAAUUUUGUAUACACAGCUAGAUUCCAAACCUUCCCACAGAAGUAAAUAAGUAUUUGUUAGUGUAAUUAUUAUUUCAAUUGUUGCUUUUUAUUAUGUAGUUGUUUUAAUUUUUAGUAAAUUUUUAUACGAAUAUAAA